AUGAAGCACGACGAGUUUUUCGCCGCGCACGAGAAGGAGCAGGGGCGGAGCUACCUGCGGGAUCUGUUUCCCCAGCGCCGACACGCGGGCGACGAGUUUGACGACACGGAAAAGCCACCGGAGGAGACGGCGGCGGACAUUGCGAAGAAACGGAAGAAAUACGACUUCAGCAAGAUCGACGCCUACAUGACCGAGCAGAAAUCCAUGCUGUCCUUCGACGCCCUGAAGCAGUUCAUGUCGCACGAACUGCACGAGGGCGACCGAAUCGAGGCGGUAAAGGAAAUCGUCUACCCGAACGAGGGACUGGUGAUCCCCGUGGGGAGGCGAGGCUUGGUGCGGAAGGUACAAUGAGAUUUGGUAGCGAAAGGUACUACGAUGGGAUUUCGGACGAAGUUCUUGUUUAUGCGUUUUCUUUUAUCGCUGGGAAGACAGUAGAUUCUUGUUGAAUUUUCAUGCGUUUGCGUCGGCGCCAUUUUUGCAUCAAAAAUUGUUUUUCAAAAACACAGGUUGCUCUAGAUCACCGUGAGGAGUUCGCCGCAGUGGAAUGGGACUACACGAAAGGGCUUCGCGCAGUCGAUACACGGGCGAAGUACUACAUGAAGCAGCCCAUGGAGGUUGUGUUCGGCUGCGCCGAUGCGCCGUCCACUAUCCAGUGGCCGACGUUCGAGUGUAUGUCGGAAUUCGCAGACGUCAACUGUACCUGGCAGUACCGGCCCAAGGGCGAAGUGCAGUCCGCCGGCAUCCAGCAUCCCGAGUCGGAAUCGUUGCGACUCCGCCAGGGCUACAAGGCGAAUUGUUUCGCGCUAGAAUCGUCCAUCUGCCCCAAAAUGAUGCUCGCGUUGGUGCCCACUGGAAAGUCCGGAGCGGGCGGGGUCAAGGAUCCAAGAAGGCUCAGGCUAGUGGACUACACAGAAAAAAAAGAGCUGGUGGAUAAGGUAAGGAAGUUCAAUAUGUUUGCAUUUUCGACGACGCAGUCUAGACGCUCCAAAAGAAAAAGUAGAUUUUAUUAUUUUGUUGUCGCUUUUCGCUUGAGCUUGAAAAGUGGCCUUGCUUGAUUGUUUCCGCUUCCAUCGUGCAAAAAUCGUACAAUCAGUUCUGCUGCUUCAAGCCGAAGCGCGUCGGGGAGAAGAUCCUUCGCCUGGAGUCCACCGCCGAACGGAACAUUUUCUUGAUGUUGAAACUACCGGCAGACCCGCGGGUGUGCGCACCCUUUGUCCACGUCCACACCUACUCCAUGAACGAAAUCUUCAUGAAGAAUUCGCAGUUUUGCAUCUGCUUGACGCAGAAAGUAAUACCGAAGUACGCGAAGUCUGAGUUCGACGUGGUCCACAUGAAUCCGGCGUUUGUCAUGCAGGAGCAGCAAGCGCUACAGGGCUUCAAGAACGAAAGGGUAAGUAUCAUACAUUCAAAUCGGCCGUUCUUCUCGUUUCAGUUUUCCCUGCUGGUACUACUUAAGUAGCUUUCCCACGAUUCGUGACGGUUUGUGCCAAUUAUCGAACCAAAGCUUUAUCAAAGAGACCUGCAGCAACGACGAGCACAUCAUGGUUAUCCUAAAACCACAGGUAACCUUCGUCGAAGCGCAUUCCGUCGGCGAAUCUGCGCUCGGAGUUCGAUGGGUUCCUAACGUCGGUAAAUGUCGACUUUGGAUGCAGUUCCGCAACGGAAAGGAUACAAGUUUGAACUCCCAGUGGGUGUUAGCAUCCGCGGAGGCCGGUGGGUCUGCGCUGCCAUGCUCGACGAUUCUAGACACGAGGAUAUGCAACGGUAUUCCAAGUAUUUUUCCGGAAGUUUAUUGAAGAUGUAGAUGACGUCGCGAUGUAAAAAAAAAUAAAAAAUGUGAAUCAAAAUGAAUCGUUGAAGUUUGUAGUCUUUGUCGCAGAUGACACGAGCAUUCUGAGUUUCAGUGUAGCUACUGAUCUACAAUUCGUUGAUUCACCUUCCGCUCCCCUACAGGUUACGAGCAGAAUUUCGACCAAGUUCGCGUGACCGUCGCCCCGCUCGCCCGCAUGCACCGGUUCAAAGACAUCUUACAGAACAACUUCUACAAGGCUAACGCCUCGGCUUCCGAUUGGACGAAUCUGCCGGAUUCGGCUGUGUGGACCCGACCGAUCGAGAACAAGCGCAAGAACUACUGGGAGUCGUCGGACGAGGAGGACGAAGAGGAGGCGGCGAACGCACCCGCGAUAGCAGAUCGAAGUGGCAGUAUGGAGAAUUUACCACCAUUACAAGACCUGCUGCAGCCCAGCGUGAUGUCGACUACGCAGAUGAGCCAGGUAGACAGUUUAGGACAGCCAAAUAGUCUGGAGUUCGCGUCCAGUCCGCUUGGACCGUUACCGAGCGGGAACUCCGGUGCCGCGGUCAUGGCGGAUAUACCAAUCACUGUGACGAACCAGGCCGGAACAACGACGACCACGGGCGGAAACGGAUGAAAGAUUACAAAAGUUUCAUUGUACAAAGGGAACAAAAAUGAAAUAGAAAAACUGAGGAACAGAACUACACUCUUGUACAAUUUUUUUGUGUUGGUGAAGUCAGUGUGCUGUGUGCGCAGCAGCUUGUUGUAUGAUAUUUCAAAAAAGGGCAUUUUGAACUUUAACCGGAGUGCGCUGCGGUUUGUUUUUGGAUGUGGUGUGUCACGUUUUAGUUAUUUGGUUGAUCGUAAGAAAAUUAGGCGCCGUCGUCCGUG